AUGGAUGACCGCCCGGAUCCCAUCUCGCACUUCUUUCCAGAUGCUGAAUCCGUUGAUCUAUAUGAAGUACUUGCAGUGCCCCAUGACGCAAAGCCUGAAGAUAUCAAGAAGUCGUACCGCCGUCUAGCUCUGGCCCACCAUCCCGACAAACACGCCACUGCGAGUGACUCGCAGAAGGAGGAGCUGUCUCUCAAGUUUCAGCAGAUCGGCUUUGCGUAUGCCGUACUCUCGGAUGAAAAGAAGAGGAGCAGAUAUGACCGUAUGGGAAGGACGGAUGAGGGCUUUGAGCUCUCACCCGAAGACGGCUGGGAAGCCUACUUCGAGGAUUUGUUCGAUCGCGUCACGAAGGAGAAGCUUGAUGAGCUGAAGAAGGAGUAUCAAGGCUCUGUGGAAGAGGUCGCGGACAUCAAGAAAGCAUACAGCGAGAACCAAGGCUCAAUAGCCGAAAUCAUGAAACAUAUCCCGCAUUCAACAUACGAUGACGAAGCGCGGUUCAUUGUCAUCAUUUCUGGCCUCAUCCAUAAAGGCGAACUAUCUUCGCUCCCUCUGUGGGAAUCGAGUGUCAAGGAUGAGAAGGCGAAGCUCGUCCGCACGAAACAGGGUCAAAAGGAGGCCAAAGAAGCGGAAGAGCUGGCAAAGGAGCUGGGGGUCUGGGAUGAGUUCUACGGCAAUGCGAAGCCAAGCACGAGGAAGAGCAGGGGAAAGGCCAAGGCCAGCAAAGAACAGGAGGAGGAGGAAGCGGACGAGGACGAUGGGGAGGACCAUUCUGCUCUGCAGGCCAUCAUUGUGAAGAGAAAGAACAAUAUGGACGGAUUCUUCGACAGCCUCGCUGCGAAGUAUGCUAAACCGCAAGCCAAGGGGAAGAAAGGAAAGAGACGGAUCCAGGAGCAGGACGAUGAGGACGAUGUCCAGGCGUCACCCAAGAAGAAGUUGAAGAAGGGUGGUGUACAGCUUCCGGAGAUAGACGACGAAGAGUUUGCGAAACUUCAGCAAACGCUUUUCGGUGACAAGGCGAAAUCAUCCGCCGAUGCUGGCUCUACGAAGGCCGCAAAGACACGUUCUUCCUCAAAGAAGUCACGAAGGUGA